AUGAACGCAGCAGUAGCAGCACCCGAAGGCUCCAAGGCCGCUCCACCCAAGUUCAAGCAGAAGGAGACCAGGCAGUUCAAGAGCAAGGCUCCCAAAGCUGGACAGAAGGGAUUUGAUGACGUCCCUGGAAUGGACGGCCUUGGAGGUGCAGAGGUCAUCUGCCCCUGGGAGGCGUUUGGUGACAUGGAGCUGAGCGAUCUGGCCCAGUUUGGCAUUGUUUAG